GGAGUAUGGAAAUACUCGUCAAGGUACGCGCUUGAGCCACAAACGAUGAAGAAUGCGAUUGAUGGUCUUUGACUUAUCAAGCCAUGGAGGCUGGAAUAAGCGCAGGACAGGGCAGGGGAGAGAGCACCGGCGUGUUCCGGGGUUUGACACUGAAGCCUCUCUGCUUUGAUGAACAGGGACAAAAUAAGUACAGGAUACGGCAGUCUGGAUGUCCAGUGCAUAUUAUUAGACUCCAUGCCCAUCCCAUGCCACGACGUGCGUCCCAGGGAGUCGACAGAUACCGGCGCGAGUACAUACAGGUACCUGUACUGGUACUGAUACUGCCUAGCACUAAUACAGAAUACAGGCGUCGCAGAAGGCAAAAGCAAACCGCCACGACGCGGCCGGGAACAAGCAGACAGGAAGCCGGUCGGCGGUCCAGGACAGAAGUAGUGAGAUUCCCUUUUGCUGCGCGUCUGAAUGAACUGCACAGAUUAAGGGGGUGUGGGUGGGUUUGGUGGAGAGGGCAAGGGCUGGGAAAAGGGGCGCGGGGGGCCUGGAAGGAUUUUUGUCCAAACCACACCCCCCUGCCCAGGUAGACGAUACUUGGGCCUCGCUGGAGAGAGAAGAGACGGUGGCAGCGUGGGGUGUCGCAGCGGUCCGGGCGAGCUUUCGGACGGGUACUUGGUACCUGCUUCGCU